UGAGCUAGGCAUUCCUUUACUCGACAGUCUUUUUCGGAUCCGUUAAAAUACCUAUCGGUUCCAUAAAAUAUAUCACAGUAGAAGAAAUCAGAAAUCGGUGUCAGUUAGUAGGUACCUUGUAGUGCCUGCAUCGCAAACCUAUAGCCUCAUUAUUUCAAGAGAGCCUGUGUAGUUCAAUAAUUUAAAAAAGAAAACGAGGGUGUGUCACGACCUGGCACCAGGUUAUAACUAAUUAAACCGAGUCGGCUCCCCGGAAACCGCUGUAAUUUUUUCGCCAAACUAACAAUCCUGGCUCCACCUUCGCAAUCUGAAUUGCCUUGCCCAGUAGCGCCAGAAUCGGAAAAAACGAGGAAAAAACGUCCUGCUACCACAGCAACGCAUCAGAAUGCCAGAAUGGGCAGAAGUAAAACGGGAAAACAGCAGGUUCGCGAUCGAACCAGCCACGGCCACAGCAGCGGAGGCGGCUUUGGAAGCUGAACAGUGUGCAACAGAUCAGGUCAGCUCUUCAGGUGAGUCGUCUCCGUCAAAGAGCCUCCAAACCGGGAAACAAUUACAUAUGGAGGAACUUAAGGACGCAAGCAUUCACCACACGGCACUUAAACUGGCCGAAGACAUCAAAGCGAUGAAAAUCUACGGCAGUCUGUAUAAGAUGGUUCAGAAGCUUGCCUGUUCGCCCGAAGUGGAUAAAGAUGACAUGCGGCACACCCUCGAGGCGGCUAUCAAAUCCAAUGGUCUCGAAACGGAAAUACGCAACGUUAUCUAUCACCAGAUACGGAAUUCCUUGAAAAGCGAAACGAAGCCCACGCUACCCUCCAGCGAUCCUUUGAACUACCUGCGUCGAGCCGGAAUACAGUGGGAGCGACGCGUUCGUAAAUCUCUCAAUUCGAUGUGUUCCGAUUCGAAGGCACUGCUCCAGGGUCAAACGCGGGUCGCUACAGACCGGGAGGAUAUUCUAGCCAAGUGGGACGAGCUAAGCAACUACCAGAUUGACCUGACAAACUACCGUCCGGUAUAUGCACCGAAAGAUCUGCUCGAUGUACUUCUCUCCCUGAAAGGCCCCGUUAAACAGGAUGAAACAGAGUACAAACGAUAUUUACGAUUCUCAUCACAGCAAAUCGCCAGCAAACUCAAACUUAUUCAAUCGUUUUUCAGCUUCCUUCCAAAGUGGGAGUUUGCGCACAUUUCGUUGCCGGUGAAAAACCUCUUCGAAUUGCGCGUCCACUUCUCCGAGCUGCUGCGCAAUGACAACGGUGGCGGGUCUGCCGAUUGGGCCGUUACGUGUCAGAAGAUUUUGAAGACGCGACACGCGCCACUUUGCCAGCAGGCGUUGAAGAAGGGCAUCACUCCUCCUCCGUUACGGGGAUCACUUUGGGCUUACGUGCUCGGAAGUCAGGUGGAAUCUCAUCAUAUCGAGCAAUGGGAAAGCUUAAAACAUCUUGUGCUUACCACUGAAUCCAUUGUAGACAAGCUCGUAUUUAAGGAUGUGCAACUGACAGCUACCAACGACGAUCGAUAUUUCGUGUUUGAAGACGUUCUAUACCAGAUAAUGCUUUGCUUCAGUCGGGAUGCGGAAAUCAGCCAGAUGAUACAAACGGAGUACAGUAACUCGGCCAAAGUUAAACAAUACGAGGGACCGGCUUGUGGAUUUGUGCCCUUUCACGGCAUAUGCAUGCUGGCAGCCCCGUUUUGCUAUCUCUACGAUAAUCCAGUGUCGCUGUACUUCACUUUCCGUGCAUUUUACGUUCGCUACUGCCAUAGGUUGACGACGAUCAAUACUCAUCCCCAGGGGAUCAUUAGCUUGUGUCUGCUGUUCGAGAAACUACUUCAGACUCACGAGCCACAGCUUUGGUCACAUUUUCGCGAGCUACAAAUCCAACCCAUUCGUGUCGUCUUCAAGUGGCUCAUGCGAGCCUUCAGUGGUCAUCUGCCACCUGAGCAACUACUCAUUCUUUGGGAUUUGAUUCUUGGCUACGAUAGUUUGGAAAUUUUGUCACUCCUGGCAUUAAUAAUUAUGAGCUUCCGGCGCGAGAGCUUGAUGCAGGUAGCAACACUGGAGAACAUUGAAGCCAUCUUGUCGGAUCUGUCGUCCGUUAAAGUCUUGCCUUUAAUACAACUUACACUAACACGGGACUGAGUGCUACGGAACUUUUUCAUGCUUGAAAACGAUUAGUUAUGGUCUGGUAACAUCAAGAAUGCAAAAAUGACUAGAAAUUGUGAAAAAAAGUAAUUUUUAAAUUAGUAGUUGAUUUUAAUUUAUAUAAAUCUUAUAUUUCUUACAUUUUGGAAAACUUACCCCAUGAGGUCAUUCUUCAAUUACAUAGAAGAAAAACGAAUUUCAUCCGCACUGGUCAGGUUUCUCUACACAACAACAGUUGUAGUUAUAUUCAGUAUCAAAUCAGCUUCUCAAACCCCGUGAAGUUCAAAGAAAUGAAAAAGUUCCAUUCAUAUUUGGUUAUUCAGUGAUUCAAACAAAAUAUUGUACGGUGCAAUAUAAAAUACAGAAUAUAUCCUUCCAAAUGCGUUUCGCUGUA